AUGUCCGUAUCCACGCCAGGAAAGCUGGAAUCACUGCGUAACGUCCUUGCCAAAAGCUCAGACCGGGAUGUCCUUCACAAAUACCUCCGAAGGUCCAAUACUGGCCUCCUUCGAGACGCCGUUCUGGUCACCCUCCACCGAAAAUGGUCAGCAACCCCACCGCACCGCCUCACUGAGCUUGGAAUCACCACCUACGAUAGAGCCACCAACCAAGGGCAACCCAUAGCUGGUCCACAUGCUGAAGACCUACUCCGCCAAGUAUGGUCUCUCCACCUCGUCAUCCGCUCCACUGCGCACCUCGACUCUACACCCGCUGGUCUAGACCCUUUCCACUUCGGUACGACAGUUUAUGUCUCCCACGAAGAGGCUCUCAAUUUCCUCCAACAGAUCUGGCAUCAACCCAUGGAUGAAAAGAAAGCAGCAUCCGGCUUCCGACCAAUCGUGUACAUGUCCUUCGGCGCCAAUGACAGCAUAAGCAAGAUGCGAAAGACAGCCUUUGACUUCGAUCCUUCUAGUAUAGUUACUACGAUAGCAACUCUAGACGCGCAAGUUAUUCCUCAGCAAGCAAAGAUAACGCGCCACGCAGAUGCAUCGUUCACGUACCUCCUCCAGCAGUUCAAGAUCCCUGUCCAUCACCCUCAGAAUAGUGGCAAUGCUGCCAUGUACGCUACCAUUAUCGCCACCCUUUCGGCCAUUCGUUUCGAAAUAUACUCGUGCCCGGUAAACAAGGUCGCGAAGCCAGGACAGACAGGGCAGUCGAGUCGCAAGUCGGCAGAGUCUGUGGUGCAGGGUUUGAUGAAUUGGCCGACGCCGGCGCCGCCGAUUGGGGUCAGAGUAUAUUGUUGGAGAUGUGGAAUUGAGUCGCAUGACUUUGCCGAUUGUCUGGAUAUGGAUCUGAGAUGUAUUAUCGAUGCGAGGAAGAUCAGAGAGGAACCGGCGGGCGGGUUCGCCCGCGGACAGCGCCGCAGCCAAGACGGCGCCGUUGGGAGAGUGGUCGGGAUCAGAAUCUCCUCUUUCUCGACCGGCUCUAUCCAUACCAUACCUUACUAUUCGACGGGCAUAACAUGUUGCGACUCUCUCAAGCUCGUCUUUGGAGCUAACAAGACAUUUGACACCGCGCCGACAACGUACUGGUCGGUACAGCAACUCGAGGUGGAGCCCUAUUGCACGUUCACGCCAACCGCGGCUCUCGAAGUCUCGAGCCUAGUCCUAAUCGCACGUCUUACACAAUGCCCUUUUGCCAUCAAGAGCGGAGGUCAUGCAGCCUUUCCUGGUGCUUCUAGCAUCGAGGGUGGCAUCACUGUCGAUAUGGCCAAUAUGAACCAGAAAAAGCUCUCUGCGGAUAAGAAAUCUGUUGCUGUCGGCCCUGGCAACCGGUGGAAGGAGGUUUACGAUUACCUGACACCGUACAAUCUUGCCAUUGUUGGCGGACGAGCGGCAUAUGUCGGAGUAGGCGGUCUGACACUUGGCGGAGGUAUCAGUCACCAUACCAACGAGUAUGGCCUGGCGUGUGAUAACAUUGCCUCCUUCGAACUCGUUACCGCAUCAGGUAUCAUCCUCGAAGUGAGCCAAGAGACCUUUCCAGGCCUUUACUGGGCUCUUCGCGGCGGAGGCAACAACUUCGGCAUCAUUACGACAUUCAACUACGAGACCCUGCCUCAAGGCCUUAUGUUUGCGAGCAAACGCCAGUACAAUGCGACUUACGCACCCGCCCUAUUCGACGCAUUUGGAAGUGCAGUGGAGGCCGCUGAGACCGAUACCAAACUUGCGCACUUCGUUGCCGUCGCAUACUCUCGUGGUGUUAAGAUCGCAUCCACUGAGUAUGAGUACUUUGACCCGAUCGACCCAGCGAACCCACCCGCUAUACUGAAGGAGUACUUCUCGCUUCCUCCGCUCACGGAUAACACACGCAACUGCAGCCUAGCUGAUACAACACCCGGGCUGAGCCAAAGCAUGCCAGACAGCUUCCGGACGACUAUGUGGUCUCAGUCUUUCAAGCUGAACACAGAUUUGAUGAAGCGCAUGACUGACCAUCUCUUUGAGAUUGCGCCGAAUAUUCCCGUUGGUGCGCCCAGUGUCUCGUUCCAAGCGUUCAGCAAGCCCGCCCUCAAGGCCAUGCAGAAGAAGGGCGGCAAUGCUCUUGGCCUCCAUCCCGAGAAUGGUCCUCUAUUUCAUGCUCUCUUUUACCUCUCGUGGACUGACGAGAAGGACGACAAGGUCGUCUUGAAGGCGGCGCAAGAUUUCCUAAGUGCAUCGGUUGCUAUGGCAAAGGAGCUGGGUGCAUACAAUGACUAUAUGUACAUGCCGUAUAGUAGCCCUUACCAGCCAGUCAUCUCAGGAUAUGGCUUGGAAAAUGUAGCCAAGCUGAACAAGGUGUCGAGAAAAUACGACCCUACGGGUGUAUUCCAAAAGCUGCAGCCGGGAUACUUCAAACUCGAUGGAACAGCGCCUUAUGGCCAGGUCGUGUAA